GAAGAGUGUGAGCGCCCGCCCUCCGCCUCCGGCCGCACGUUGCCAGUCUCCGCCCGACAUCCCAGUCCGACCGUCAUGGCGCUGCUGAAGUCCAACAGAGUGAUAUCCAGCCUCGGUCACAUUUCCCCGUGUGUGGGGGUCCUCUCCACCCGCAGCAGCUCAUGGUGGGGUGGAGUCCAGAUGGGGCCUCCUGACCCCAUCCUGGGGGUGACUGAGGCCUUCAAGAGGGACACCAACUCCAAAAAGAUGAACCUGGGUGUUGGGGCCUACAGAGAUGACCAGGGCAAGCCCUUUGUCCUCAGCUGUGUCCGCAAGGCAGAGGCUCUGAUCGCAGCCAAGCAGCUGGAUAAGGAAUACCUUCCCAUCGGUGGUCUCGGAGAAUUCACCAAGGCCUGUGCCCAGCUUGGCCUUGGUGCUGAUAGUGAGGUCAUAAAGAGCGGCAGGAACAUCACCGUCCAGACCAUCUCAGGGACCGGAUCUCUGCGCAUAGGAGCCAACUUCUUGUCCCGUUUCCAUGGUGGUCCACGUGAUGUGUACCUGCCCAAACCCUCCUGGGGAAACCACACCCCUAUCUUCAGAGAUGCUGGCAUGCAGCUGAAAGCGUAUCGGUAUUAUGAACCCUCCACCUGUGGCUUCGACUUCAAGGGGGCUCUAGAGGACAUUUCUAAAAUCCCGGAGAAGAGUGUGAUCUUGAUGCAUGCGUGUGCUCACAACCCGACUGGUGUGGACCCCAGACCCGAGCAGUGGAAAGAAAUUUCUGACCUUGUGAAGAAAAGGGAUCUGUUGGUGUUCUUUGACAUGGCCUAUCAGGGCUUUGCCAGCGGGGACAUUGACAGGGAUGCCUGGGCUGUGCGUUACUUCAUCGCAGAGGGACACAACAUCGUUCUGUCCCAGUCCUUCGCCAAGAACAUGGGACUCUAUGGUGAGCGUGUGGGAGGAUUCACUGUGGUGUGUAAGGAUGCAGAGGAGGCCAAGAGGGUUGAGUCUCAACUUAAAAUUCUCAUCAGACCCAUUUACUCCAACCCACCAAUGAACGGAGCGAGGAUCGCAGCCACCAUCCUCAACACACCGGAGCUGCGCUCACUGUGGCUGGAGGAGGUUCACGGCAUGGCGAACCGCAUCAUCAAGAUGAGGGAGCAGCUGGUUGCUGGUUUGAAGAAGGAGGGCUCCAGCCACAACUGGCAGCACGUCAUCGACCAGAUCGGCAUGUUCUGCUUCACAGGCCUGAAACCGGAACAGGUGGAGCGUCUGACUAAGGAGUUCUCCGUGUACAUGACCAAGGAUGGCAGGAUUUCCAUGGCCGGCGUUACCUCGGGUAAUGUGGGAUACCUGGCGCACGGAAUCCAUGCUGUCACCAAGUAGAGGGAAUCCCACCGGGAUCAGCAAUGUUAAGAGGAGCUAUAGCUUUCAUUUUCCCUCUCCCCGUACCCUCCAUUCCACCCUAGGAACCAGCUGGAUGAUGGUUUGCAUUUCAAUGUCAUCGUGAGUGGAAGGUACACCCGAAUGUCCAUUAGUGGUAGGAAUAUCAUCAAAACGUUUCUUUUCCACUGCCCUUCUUUUUCCCCCCAAUUGACAGACAAGCCUGUCAGGUUUAAAAAAAAAAAUCCAAGAUCUCCACAAAACUGACUGAUGAGCUGAUGUCUGUCUGUUCUGUUCUAUUUAUUACCUGUGAUCGGAUGUUAGUGGUGCGUUUUCUCUUAAACACGCUUUGUCUGUCUGCUGUAGACUGUGUUGUUAGAAAGUGAGGGGGAAAAAAAAAAGCAACCGACCACCGCUGCGGCAAUGUUGGUCUGUUCUGUAAAAUGUGAUUAUUUUUUCUUUAACUUAAAACGUGAUGCUGCGUGCAUGUCUGUAGCGGAAAGCAUCGGAGUGCGUUUUUGUUUUUUUCCUUCAAGCUGAUAUCAUUACCGUGGGAGAAGUCCUGUAGCACUUUAUGAGAGAUAGGGCACUGUUUGAGUUUCAAGAAAUGGACUGUCACCCUUUGUAUGCACAGGACCUUAUCGCUCAGCCACACUCAGUCACCUAUCAGUCAGAUCAGUGGCCGCUAAUCUAAACUACUCUGUUUAUCUGUCUCUUCUUUAUUUUCUACUGGUUUGGCUCGGCUGUUUAUCUGUCCUCCGUCAUGUUUGGUAUUCUCACAGUAGGAAAUGUCUUUCACGGGUUUUGCUUUUAUACAUCCUGGUCUACUUAGUCUCAAGGCAGCAGUUCUUCAGCCGGUCUUGUCAGAUGUCCUUCACAACACGAACACAAGAAUCAUGGGAGUUCAACAAACUUAACAGGCAUGGAUAGAUUAUCUGUAUUAUUUACAGCACGGAGAACUCGAGACACGUCAUGUUGUUCGUCAGAAUCCCUUGUUUUUACCAUUUUCCUGAUGGGACAUAAUUGUUUGAAAUAUAAGUACACGUUUAUGUUGGGGGACAAAUAAAAUGGGUGGAAUAAAACACCCAAAACGUUGUGGUCAGUUACGUAAAUGGAAGGUGCUGCUUGAUAAAUCAUUGGCACCGUGGGAUAGAAGGUACAGAUGUCAUUCGAGUAUUGUCGGGGAUUUUUUUUCCCUUUUUAUUCAUGGUUCAGACUUGGCAUCUAGUCACAAUGUUCAGUAUUGUGUCAUUCUACUUUAGAGCGUUGGUCAUGUACUUUACUCUGAACCAACAAUAAAAUGGUUAUAGAAAC